AUGGCUGCGAGCAAAAUUGAUUUUGCGCAAAGCAAUGCUGUAAAGUGUGAUGUUUCUGACCGGAGUUGGGUGUUCGACGAGAGCUAUCCGCUCUAUGCGAGCAACGCGUGCCCAUUUAUAGAUGAAGAAUUCAGCUGUGAAGCUAAUGGGAGAAUGGACCAAAGCUGUAUGAAGCUUAGGUGGCAGCCUAAGCAUUGCAGCAUUCCAAGGUUUGAUGCUAGGAAAUUGCUUGAGAUGCUGCGAGGAAAGCGACUAGUGUUUGUCGGAGAUUCCAUUAACAGGAACCAAUGGGAAUCCAUGAUGUGCUUGCUGAGUACGGAAAUCUCAGAUCCUGCAAGGAUUCAUGAAACUCGUGGCCGCAAGAUUAAGAAAGAGAAAGGAUAUUACAUCUUCGAGUUCUUGCAUUUGGUUGUAAGAUUUACCACUGAUUUCAGCGGAGGAGAGUGGAAUUCAGGGGGACACUGCAGAGAGAGCACACUAGGCCCUAAUGACAGUCGUGUAUGGCCAAUGCCCGAGAUAAACGUGAUGCUUGAACAAGUCUCAAAGCAAAUGAAGAAUCCUGUGACAAUUCUGAACAUUACUGAUCUAUCCAGGCUAAGAAUGGAUGGUCACCCAUCUGUUUAUCGACGGAAGGGAGUAGAUUUAACAGCAUCGAGUGGCCAGGACUGCAGCCAUUGGUGCCUUCCUGCAGUCCCAGACACAUGGAAUGAGCUGCUGUUCUACCAUCUAGUGUCCUCACGAUAA